UCUGAUCUUUAUACAAUAAAAUAUGACUACUAAGAUACUUAAACCAUGAAAGCGUUUUACGGAAAUCACUUAAGAAUUUUUAUGAAUCUGGCCCAAAAGAAUGCACAACACUGCUUUUUGCAUCGCCUAAACUCACUGCACUAUUGCUCACGCUAAAAUAUAAAGCACGUAUCAUUAUGAUUUACUUGGUUAAGUGUUGGUUUAAAAGGAUGUAUAAGUUUGUUAUUUUUAUGUUCUUAAGUCAGCCACUUAGAUUAAUAAACUAAUUGAAAGCAAUAUCAAAUCGCUUAACAUUUCCAUUUAUCGCUUAUGCCUUUAUUGACAAGUAUCGUAUAUCGUUAAACAUGCUAUUCAGUGGAGGAUUUAUAAAGAUAAACCAACCGAAUGUGUAAUUUUACACUGUGUGUACAAUGCAUUUGUAAUACAUAUUUACAAACUUAGCGUUUCAAUGCGUUUUUGUAUGGCAGUCUUGAUGUAAUACUUGUGAAAUAGAGUAGCAAGCAGACAGUUAUCAUUAUCGUGAAAUAUUAUUUAUUAAAAUACACUAUCGGCAUUUCAUUUGCGAUGAAUUCCACUUGUGCAUUGGACAGUGUCAUGGACAACACCGGGCAAAUUAUGAAAACCCAUUUUGAGAAAGGCGAAUUGGAUUUAAGUGAACUAAAGAGCAAAAAUGAACCGGAAUCUGAGUCUUUACUUAAUGAAACUGGUCUUUCAGGAUUGGAAAAUGAUUUGAGAGGAAUAAGGACAACUGAGGAUGCAUCAGCUGUUAAUACCGAGCAAGAAUUUUGUGAUCUUGACAAUGGAUGGGCAUGGGUGAUUCUGCUUGCAGCUUUCCUCAGUUUUGCCCAUCUCGGUGGCUCCAUGUAUUCCGUGGGUAUCAUACACAAUGCCCUUUUGGAACGCUUUCAAGCUAGCGUCGCUCUCACAGCAUGGGUUGGCGCAUUACACACUGGCAUUCUUGCACUUGGAAGUCCCCUUUCAACUGCGGUGCUUAACCGAUUCAGCUGCAGAACGGCCAUCAUUUCUUCGGGACUAAUAUACACUGUCGGCUAUAUGGCAACAGCAUUUGUUCCGUGUAUAGAGGCUGCAAUAUUCACAUGUGGUAUAAUUGUCGGUUUUGGGGGUGCUGUUGGAUACACCGCGGUUAUGGUCGUGGUUGGAUUUAACUUUAAACGACGCCGCAACCUUGCUCUUGGAAUCGCUUUGUCCGGUGUUGGGGUCGGUCUCUGUGCAUUUGCUCCAUUAAUGCAGUUAGCAAAGGAUUUUUAUGGCUUUACAGGAUUGUUCAUCUGCUGUGCAGGCAUGCAAUUAAAUCUUGUCACAUUCGGAAUGCUUUGUUUUCCCAGUGAAUUGGAGAAGCAUUCACACAUACUGAGGCAAAAACAUUCACCGGAAAGUACGAAUGCCAUGAAAAGAAAAGUGAUGCCUUAUUUUAAGUUUUUUCUUAAUAAAGGAAUAGUUUGUCUGUGCAGUAGUAUGUUUCUCUAUUGCGCUGGAACAUACAUGUUAUAUCUGCACUUGCCAAAAUAUAUAACAACAAAGGGAUUUUCAGAAAAGCAGGCAGCUUAUUUAAUGUCUUUAUCAGGAAUAUUGACAGUUGUAGGUCGUCUUCUGACAGGUGCAGUAGCUAACAUUCCAAAUUGUAAUGAGAUUAUACUUUAUUCCGGUUCAAUGGCAAUAUUUUCCAUAGCAACGAUAGUGUAUCCAUUUGUUUCUUGGUACUAUCUAGGCCACUUAAUAUUUAUAACCUUCAUGGGUAUAUUCCUGGGUUGUUGUAACGUAGUUACCACUACCGUGUCUCUAAAGUUUGUUUGCAUCGAAUACAUUGCAACUGCUUUAGGAUUGGAGUUUAUGUUUGGUGGCGUGGGGGCGAUUGUUGGACCAGUUUUUGCAGGAAUACUUGUCGUUUCUGGUGGAACGUAUGACCAGUCGAUGCUAGUUGCAGGUAGAAGGGUAUAUUCACUUGUUAGAUUAGAGAAGUUUCGAUGCACAAGGUGUAUGUAUAUUUGUAUGUGUAAGUUUGGACAACCUUUAGUGCGCUAUAUGAAUGUUUUUGUAAAUGCACAGGUUUAAAUUUGCAAAAGCAAAUUGAAAGUGACUUAUUGGACUAUCAGGAAGCCUGCAUUUAACUGAUUAUCUGGAACCCUCACAAUCGCAUUUAAAAUCAACAGAUUCAAAUCCUGUUCAUCUAUAUGAACAUCUUGUGUUUCAUAACCUUGCUAGAAUUCUAUUAUUUAAGAAUAUGUUUUAUGACCGUUCGCAUAAAUGACAUUUUUACUUGAAUUAAGACUUCAAAUGUGCUUGUAGUAAUCCCUUUUUGCCAAGAGUACCUUCAUUACCUUUCCGAAAAAGAAGAGCAUUGUGAUACUUGAAAAACAGGAAAUGUUAUUACCUUUCAGGAAUAUGCAUUUUCAUGGCUGCAGUGUGCGGUGUUUUAUCGAGUUGCUUUGUUGCCAAGCGAAUGGACAUAAAUACUAUAUCUGUUGAAAGACCUUGUGAAGAAAGCACAUCAUUCAUUUGAUGGAAACAGCUUUUGAUAGAUACUGAAUAUAAUUUGUCAUCCUAGAAUUUGUUUAUAAACAUAACGAACUUAAACCGAAUGAACCCAAAAUGAAUGCUUA